AAUUGAACAAAUUUUGUGAAUCUUUACCACACCACUCCAUCACUAAUUACCUCACCGUCUCUCUAAUCACCCUAAUUAAUCUAAUUUUUUAAAUUAAUUUAAUAAUCAAAAGACGAUGAAAAAAAAGCACCUUUUUUGUACUAUUAAACCUCCAUUUUAUUUUAUUUUAUUUUAUUUUAUUUUAUUUAUAUGAUCAUAUAAAAAUGAAAAUUAAAAAAAAAAACCCUUUUUUAAUAUUUGAGUCUAUGUGCCAAUGGGUUGGUUAAUCAAAAUCAAUUCUUGACACUUGUUUGUUAACUAAACUGAACUCUCUUUCAAUCCAAGUUUUCAAAUUUUUCUCUUUUUUCUUCAUAAUCAUACUUGUUUGGUUCUUUUUUCACUUUCUCAUAAUCAUUUAAACUUCACUUUCUCACUUUCUUUUUUCUUUCAUUUCUUUCUUGCUGCAAAAUUAAGAACCUUUCAUCUCAACUAGUUCUUUGUAGCUUAUAUGAGUUUCUUGGAAAUUUUUGUUUGAAUUUUCUUGGAAGUGAAGUAAAAAAGGAACAAUAGAUGUGAAAAAAAGCACUGGGAAAUAAAAAAGAUGAAAUUUUUAGCUUCAUUUUUGGUUCUAUAUUUGUUUUCAAUUCUUUCUCUUGGAGAUUCUGAUAUUCUACCCCCAAAUGAAGUUUGGGCACUUACAAGCUUUAAAGAAUCAAUCUAUGAAGACCCAAAUCUAGCUUUAUCAAAUUGGAAUAUGUUGGAAUCAGAUCUUUGUAACUGGUUUGGUGUCACAUGCACUAUGGCUAAAGAUCAUGUUAUCAAGCUAAAUAUUUCAGGUUCAUCAUUGAGGGGUUUUCUUGCAAGAGAAUUAGGACAAAUCACCUAUUUGCAAGAAUUAAUUUUGCAUGGGAACAAUCUAAUAGGAACAAUACCUAAAGAAUUGUGUGUGUUGAAAUCUCUCAAGGUGUUGGAUUUGGGAAUGAAUCAGUUAACGGGACCGAUUCCUUCAGAGAUUGGAAAUUUAACUCAACUUGUGAACAUAAAUCUUCAGUCCAAUGGGUUGACUGGUAGAUUACCUUCUGAGUUUGGAAAUUUGAGAUACCUUCAAGAAGUUCGACUCGAUAGGAAUAGGCUUCAAGGACCUGUUCCUGCUAGUGGCACUUUCAACUUUGCUUCAAAUAUGCAUGGGAUGUAUACAUCAACCGAAAAUGCAACUGGCUUCUGUCGAUCGCCUCAGUUAAAAAUAGCAGAUUUUUCAUAUAAUUUUUUAGUUGGUAGUAUACCAAAAUGCCUGGAGUUUCUUCCAAGGUCAAGCUUUCAAGGGAACUGCCUCCAGAGCAAUGAUCUAAACCAGCGUCCUUCCAUACAAUGUGGUGGUGCUUCACCUGCCAAGAGUCAGCCAGUAAGGGACCACCAAAUAGCUGAUCAUGUACGCAAGCCUCACAGAUCAUCGAAACCUACUUGGCUUUUGGCUCUAGAAAUAGUAGCAGGAACUAUGGUCGGUUCUCUCUUUCUGAUUGCUACUCUUGCUGCUGUCCAGAGAUGCAACAACAAAUCAUCCAUCAUUAUUCCUUGGAAAAAAUCUGCCAGCCAGAAAGAUCACACUACAGUAUAUAUAGACCCGGAUAUGUUAAAGGACGUGAGAAGGUAUAGCAGACAAGAGCUUGAAGAGGCCUGCGAAGACUUCAGCAACAUCAUUGGGUCCUCACCGGACAGUGUGGUCUACAAGGGAACCAUGAAAGGCGGACCUGAGAUUGCUGUAAUUUCCCUCUGCAUCAAGGAGGAACAUUGGACAGGAUAUUUGGAACUCUACUUUCAGAGAGAGGUGGCAGAAUUGGCACGGUUAAAUCAUGAGAAUUCUGGAAAACUGCUUGGAUAUUGUAAAGAGAGCAAUCCGUUUUCAAGGAUGUUGGUUUUCGACUAUGCUUCCAAUGGGACACUUCACGAGCACCUACAUUGUUAUGAAGAAGGAUGCCAGUUCUCUUGGACACGGCGUAUGAAAAUUGUCAUAGGAAUUGCUCGUGGACUCAAAUAUUUGCACACAGAAGUUGAACCUCCAUUCACUAUCUCAGAGCUUAAUUCUAGUGCUGUAUACCUUACCGAAGAAUUUUCCCCUAAGUUGGUUGAUUUUGAAAGUUGGAAGACAAUUCUUGAAAGAUCAGAAAAGAAUUCUGGUACUAUUAGCAGCCAAGGUGCUGUUUGUGUUCUUCCAAACUCCCUCGAGGCACGUCAUCAUGAUACCAAAGGAAACGUACACGCUUUUGGAGUACUUCUACUAGAGAUAAUCAGCGGGCGACAGCCAUACUGUAAGGAAAAAGGAUACUUGGUGGAUUGGGCUAAAGACUAUCUUGAAAAGCCAGAAGUAAUGUCACAUUUGGUGAAUCCAGAAUUGAAAAAUUUCAGAGAUGAUGACCUCAAAGUGAUAUGCGAGGUGAUAACUCUUUGCAUCAAUCCUGAUACAACUGCACGUCCAUCUAUGCGAGAAAUAUGCAGCAUGCUGGAGAGCAGAAUCGACACAUCAGUAAGUGUGGAUCUCAAGUCAUCAUCUUUGGCAUGGGCUGAACUUGCUCUUUUAUCAUAGUAAUAAUAUAGGCAAACUCAAAACUAACAAAUCUACAUUAAAGCAUAGAUAUACACAAGCCAUAUUUUUCCUCUUCAAUUUUAUUUCUAUUGUAAAUAAAUGAUUGCUCAAAAAGGGUACUAUGUGUUAGGCUCAAGUACAACAAAGUCUCAUUGUAUAGCACUAGCCUACUUGUAGAACUUCAGAAAUUGUUAAAUAGAAGAAGAUUGUAUUGGACAA